UAGUGUGACGGAAGUGGCAUGUUACGAGAGAGGACGUUUUGAAAUGAUAAACAUUGGGGUUAUUUUAUGUAACCUAAAUGCCUAGUUAGAUAUGUUUGUAUGAGAGGAAAAUGUUUCUAUUUAGAAGGUAACGUUAGUCGUGGCUCAUAACGACGUGUAAUGAGCGAGUCAGCAUAGUGUCUGUAACAGGGACUAAACGCACCGUUUUAUUUGACAUUGUUUAAGAAUUGAAAGAUGAGAACUAUGAGGCACUUAUUGUACAGUAGGUGGUUGUUUGGUCUUAGUAAAUCACCAAAUGUGAACACGUCAGUUUCCAGCCAGACUAGACUGUUCAGUACCACCAACAGCUGCAUGACUAUAAUGCCUGCCUGGGUCAUUGAUAAAUAUGGAAGCAAUGACGUUUUAAGGUUCACUAAAAAUGCCAGUUUCCCCGUCAUCAACUACCCCAAUGAGGUCAUUGUCAGAGUGUUUGCAGCGGGACUGAACCCAAUUGAUGUCAGCAUGAGAGGUGGCUAUGGUUCUGCAACAUUGUCUAUGAAGAGAGACCCUCUGAAUAUCAAGCAGUCGGGCAGCGAGUUCCCUCUCAUCCUGGGGAGGGACGUGUCCGGUGUCAUCAUGGAGUGUGGCCUAGAUGUGAAGUACUUCAGAGAAAGAGAUGAGGUGUGGGCAGCUAUCCCACCAUGGAAGCAGGGAAGCCUGGCUGAGUUUGUGGUGCUGAGUGCCAAUGAGGUAUCCCACAAACCAAAGUCACUGAGCCACACAGAGGCUGCGGCCAUUCCUUACGUGGCAACCACUGCCUGGUCAGCACUCGUUAACACUGGUGGGCUCACUAAAGACAACUGUACCAAGAAGCGGAUUUUGAUCCUUGGAGGAUCUGGGGGAGUGGGAACAUUUGCUAUACAGAUGUUGAAGGCAUGGGGAGCCCAUGUGACUGUUACAUGCUCCCAGAAUGCUGAGCGGUUCGUAAAGGGACUGGGGGCGGACCAUGUGGUGGACUACACCGCCGGACCUGUUGAUGAGCCACUCAGUGCCCUGGAGAAAUUUGACCUGAUCCUGGAUAAUGUAGGGGGGGAUACGGAGCGCUGGGCGCUGAAUCUGCUUAAGCCUUGGUGUGGCGCCAAGUAUGUCACCCUUGUGACACCCUUCCUCCAGAACACUGACACGCUGGGUAUUGCUGAUGGCAUGCUGCAGACUGCUGCCACCAUGACCACCAAGGCCCUCAAGCACCUUGUUAAAGGAGUUCACUACCGCUGGGGAUUCUUUGCACCUAGUGGGCCAGCAUUGGAUGACAUAAGGGAAAUGGUGGAUGCAGGUCAGAUCCGCGCAGUGGUGGAGGAGACCUUCAGCUUUUCACAGGUUCCCCAGGCCUUUGAGAAGAUGGAGAAGGGUCAUGCCAGAGGAAAGACUGUGGUCCAGAUCAGCUCAGGGGGAGAAGACUUAUAACACUGACUCUUGGAGACUGUGGGAAAUUUACUUUUCUGUACUAUUAUGAAACAAAAUUUCUGUAAAAAGUAAAAGGAAAUCAUGUACAUGAACGGUCUCAGCUUAAUUUAUCCACAGCUGCAAAGAAGGUACAAUAAGACACAUAAACAAGGUUACCACUGUUGCUUCUCUCAUGUGGGUUUUGCAGCUUCACUCUGUGUUUGGCUGCUGAAAAUAUGUAAUGUAAGCACUACAGUUGCUGUUGUAUGUUUUAAAAUGUUUGUCAUUUUUAUACUGACUUGAAUAAAAGUCACAAAAAACAA